GUUGAACACUCAGUUGUAGUCUCCUGUGAUUGAAACAUUCAUUCGGCAGAACAACCGUAUUCAACUGUGUAACUUGUAACUUCAUUCUAAGGCAUUGGUUACUUUUUUUUUUUUUUAAUUUUAGCUACAGCUAGAAUCGAUCUUGUGCCAAUCAUUUAUCCAUUGCCGUCGAGUUGCCUCUUCGGCUACUAGAUUCAACGGUACCAUGAAGUUUGAGAUUCUCCUCUGCUGCCUGCUUGUUCUUAGUACGACCUCAGCGCUAUCACGUAAAGAAGAAGCUGCUGAACAGAAUCGACGCAAAGCCUCGCAAGCGCUUUACAAAUCGCAGCCGAAUCGCCAAACCGUGAGGAAUAAGGAAGCUGAAGAGUUCGAUGAGGAUGAGGUGUCGGAUCAAUGCCCCGAGCCGAACGGCUUCUUUCCCGAUGCAGAGCAGUGCGACAAGUAUUACGAUUGCCGAGAUGGCAGCUUGAUGGAAAAGCUUUGCCCCGAUGGUCUGGUCUUUAACGAUUUUAGUCCCCAGCACGAGAAAUGCGACCUGCCUUUCGGCAUUGACUGUUCCAAGAGAUCCAAACUUCAGACUCCGAAACCGACUCCUCACUGUCCACGCAUGCACGGUUACUUCGCCCAUGAAGAUCCAACAAACUGCAAUACUUUCUAUUACUGCGUUGAAGGUAAAUUCAAUAUGAUAAAAUGUCCGGAUGGUUUGGUCUUUUCUGAGAAGACGGGAAUCUGCAACUGGCCUGACGAGGCUCAAAAAAAAGGGUGUGGAUCCCGGGAGCUUUUCAACUUCACUUGCCCAAAAGUUGACGAGAGUAUAGCCGCCACCCAUCCACGUUAUCCCGAUGCAGAGGAUUGUCAAUUCUUCUACGUAUGUAUAAACGGCGAAACGCCAAGACGAAGUGGCUGCAAGCUUGGCCAGGCAUUUGACGAGCGAACUGGCAAGUGCGACUGGGCCCGUAAGAUUCCAGAAUGUAAAGAUUGGUAUAAGGAUGUAUUGACAGAUGUUGAAUUAGAUGCUCUGGAAAAUCCACCAAAACCAAAAACAACAGGAUCAAAUGCCAGAAGGAAAGGACCUAAAAGAGAAGCUGAAUGAGCUAAAUAAUAGUCUUGAAAUAAUUUGUUUAUUUACUGUUUUCUAUUUAGAAAAUAUUUCUAUAUUUAGACAGUUGUG